AUGGCAAUAAAAACUCAAACCCGCAUCGCGCCCGCCACAGACACAAAUGGCCAGCGCAUAGGCAACGGCCUCUUCGCAACCGGCAAUAUACAUAAGGGCGACGACGUUCUCAUCGUCGACGCCCCCUUUGUCGCCGCGGUAGAAGAGAAAUUGCUCAAGAGGGUUUGCUCGGGGUGCUUUGAUACGUCGCGCCCGGGUAAGGUUGAUGUGCAGGGAUUGGUGAGAGGUUGCGUGAGGUGUAAGGUUGUUUAUUACUGUGAUAAGACAUGCCAACUCAAAGACUGGAAACGGGGCCACUCGCUUGAAUGUCCUAUUUAUGCAAGGCUGUCCCCCAGAGUCCUGCCGCUUAAUGUGCGCGCGGUUCUGAGGAUAUUGUUGCGCCAGCGCAGCGGGAAAGUCUCCAGGGAGGAGAAAGAUGACUAUGAGAGCUUUCUGGAACUGUGUUUUCCGGACGCGAAGCAUGCACGAGAUGGUCUUGAUUUGUUCCUGUUGGCCAAGGCUGUGCAGGAGUAUGGCGGUUUACAGGAGCUGGAGCAAGGGUUUAUAGCGUCUGUGUUUGGGAGGUUGGAUCUGAAUUCGUUUACUCUCACAUCCGCCUUUGGCAACACUCGCGGCGUCUAUCUGCAUCCCUACACAGCCCGCUUCAACCACAGCUGCGACUACAAUGCAACCUACUCGUUCGACCGCGGCGGCAAAUGCUACGUCAAGGCUAUCCGACCAAUUCAAAAGGAUGAGCAGAUCUUCAUCCCUUAUACGGACAGCACAUUCAGCGUGGGCACGCGCCGGAAAGAGCUCUACGAACGCUUCAAAUUUCAAUGCAACUGCAGCAAAUGCACGCACGAAACCAACAGCACGCCUGAAACACAGAUCCAGAACCGUGCUCGCGAAGAACAAGAUGCCGGUAGAGCCAUCGACGCAAUCUUCAAGGACUACCAUCCGAUCCACGACGCCGCCGACGUCGUCGUCGGCGGCGGCGGCUCGACGCUCACCACGCGCCUGACCAAUUUGCUGCACGCCUCCGAGGCAAAAUGUGACUGGGAAACGGUGUCUCGUCAACGACAACCACUAGCCUCUAUCCGCGUCGAUCUGAUGGGCGCCCAGCACACGGCGUGCAAAUUCAUGGAUCUCACCCUCAACGCGGCCAUUCAGCACCUCCGCAUCGACCCGGGCAUGUAUCCGGACGAAAACCACCCCGUGCGCCGCACCAACGCAUUCGGUUUUGCGCAGUAUGCCUUUUGUGCUUGGGAGGGUCGUCACGGGGACCGUAGUGUCGAUGAGGCGGACCAUGUGCUGUUGCACGCACAGUUGAAUCUGGGAGUUAUUGUUUGUAUAAGUAGCAGUAGUAGUAGUAGACGUCUGAGUGGAGGAGGAGAUAAGAAGAAGGGUGCAGAAGAGGGAGAAGGGAUGAUAGUAUGGCCCAACCCGAGCUUUAAGGAAGAGGCCAUGCGGUUUUUGUCUGCGAUUACGCUGCAUUGUCAGGAGAAUGGAAUUGUGAGAGGGAGGGAGAUGGAUGGCCUCAUUAUGCACAACUGGCGCAAGUUGGAGGUUUUGGUGGAUGCGACUUUGAGGCGGGAGAUGGGUUUAGCUCCGAGGCCGGCGAGGGACGAGGACUUGGAUCUUUAG